AUGCGGAUAUUAGGCCACGUAGCUUCUCCAUCCUUCCUCAGCAACGGCACCGCUCUCCUCUUUUCCCCCUCCCUUUCUCUCACAUUCACUCCCAGAUACUCUCCUCUCUCCACUGUCCCAUUUCGCCGCCGCUCCUUCUCCAUCGCCGCCGAAAUGGCUUCCCCGGUCAAGAAGGUUUUGGUGCCGAUUGCCAAUGGAACAGAGCCGAUGGAGGCUGUGAUCACCAUCGAUGUGCUCAGAAGAGCUGGAGCGGAUGUGACCGUAGCUUCCGUCGGGAAGGAGCUUCGAGUGGAAGCCGCUCAUGGCGUCAAGAUUAUCGCCGAUGCUCUCGUUUCUAGUUGCGUGGACAACGUUUUCGAUCUCAUAGCACUUCCGGUACCUUUCUUCGCCUUCCUUUUGUUGCUUCUCAACCUUCGAAUGGACUGCAUUACUGAUCAUGCUACUAUUGCACUGUGUGUUGGGCCAAAUUUCCGGCGGCAUUCCAGGUGCUGCAAAUUUGAGAGAUUGCAAAGAGCUGGAAACCAUGGUCAAGAAACAAGCUUCAGAAGAACGGCCAUAUGCUGCAGUCUGUGCCUCUCCCGCAGUGGCACUUGGUUCAUGGGGUUUGCUGAAGGGGCUAAAAGUAACCCGCUGAAAUUGAAAGCUAUAGCUUCUUUACUUCGCAAUAUACGAAAUUACCGAAAGUGCUUAUGGAUUUCACUGGUUUUGGACCAGGCAACAUGUUAUCCGUCCUUCAUGCAGGAACUGCAGCAGUCCUCUGCUAUUGCUGUUGAAUCAAGAGUGCAGAAGGAUGGCAUCACAGUUACCAGCCGCGGUCCUGGCACAACAAUGGAAUUUUCUGUAGCAUUGGUUGAGCAAUUGUAUGGAAAAGAAAAGGCUAACGAAGUUUCAGGGCCAUUGGUGAUGCGUCCCAACCAUGGGGACGAGUACACUAUCAAAGAGCUAAAUUCAAUCCCUUGGACAACUGAAGAUAACCCACCGCAGGUUCUUGUUCCCAUUGCAAAUGGCUCCGAGGAAAUGGAGGCCGUUAUGAUCAUUGACAUUUUGCGAAGAGCUAAAGUGAAUGUUGUAGUGGCUUCUGUUGAGGAAAAACUGGAAAUACUAGCUUCUCGUAAGGUUAAGCUGGAAGCAGAUAUGCUGCUUGAUGAUGCUGCUAAAUUGUCAUACCACCUUAUUGUCUUGCCAGGUGGACUCGGGGGAGCUCAAGCAUUUUCGAAGUCGGAAAAAUUGGUGGAUCUACUAAAGAAGCAACAUGGAUCAAAUCGUCCAUAUGGAGCUAUAUGCGCUUCUCCAGCUCUGGUCUUGGAGCCUCAUGGGCUUCUCAAGGGGAAGAAGGCUACAGCUUUUCCGGCCAUGUGCGAGAAGCUAUCGGAUCAGAGUGAAGUUGAGAACAGGGUAGUGGUAGACGGCAACCUGAUCACGAGCCGAGGCCCGGGAACUUCAAUGGAGUUUGGCCUGGCGAUAGUGGAGAAGAUUUUUGGACGCGACAAAGCGAUGGAGAUAGCUAAGGCCAUGCUUUUCACUGUCUGAUUCACAAGAUAUUAAAGCUUCUUGUUUUCUGUUGUUUUUUUUUUUGGGUGAAAGUGUUUAGAUAUAAGUUGCUGCAGGAACAGGUACUUGUUGAUCCUCAACUGAGUUUUUGUCUAAACUAAUGCUACAUGCGGAGUCUUGGGAAAUGUUCUUCUUUGCGCUGUAAUGCGAUCUUUGGUCUCCUGCCUUUGCUCUAUCUUUUACCUUGUAGAAAAGGAAGUACAUAUAAAUAAAAAGCUGCAGUGUUUAUGAGGAAAAAAAAUA